AUAACAAAUAAAGUGCCUUUUAAAAUCUGUUAAAUGCACACAGAUGUCAAGGCCAGUCUGUCCUAGCAAUUAUUAGUUCAAUUCAAUACUCAAUGAAAAUCCUAUUGCCAAAAACCUUUAAUAGUAUGUUUAAAAUCUAUCCCAUAUAAAUUAAGAAGCAAGACGUCACGAAUCGACUGCGACACAUGAUAAGUUACUCCUAUGGAAAUCCUAUUACCAAAAAACUUUAAGAAUAUGUUAAAAACUUGUCUGAAAUAAAUUAAAGCCCAGCGACACGCGAAUUAACAACAGAGACGCACAUCUAAUGAAUAAAUGACAAUUAAAAAAUACCACAGUUACGUCGAUAAAUGGUCCACCCCAGACAACUAGCGCCCGCGCCGUGGCAACUCUGGCCGCGCGACAACAACAUAUGAUGCACAUAACCUCAAUGCAAAACAAAAAAAAAACAAAACCAACCACUCCGGUACGCAGUGUUUGUGUGCAGAAAUUUGAUUAAAUUCCAGCGAAAAUUGGCAAACAUAUUGCCAAUUCAGCGACAAACGAUUGCCCAACAGUAGCCGCCGUGUCGAGGAGCAGCGUUGGGGCAGCCAAGCAAUAAGAGCAGCGAACGGAAAAGCGCGUUUUCCACGAGAGUUUUCUUUUGGCUGCAGAAGCGUCGCGUGUGCGGAACUUUCAGCAGUGAAUAACCUACGGCUUUUCGUCUUUGGAGGCCAGCGGAGGAGCGUGUUGCAGUCCCAGCCGGGAAGAUGGUUAAAGCUAAAAAGGGCAAGAAAGAGAUACUGACCAAGGUCGAAGGCGGUUCCUCUGCGGACGAAAUCUCCGACGUGGACAGCGAAGUGAACCUGAACAACAAGAAGAACCAGCCGGCCAAGGGCAAGCAAAAGUCCCAAUCCCGCAACGAGGACAGCGGUGGCGAGGAUGUCCAGACGCUGACCAAGGCUGUCAAGAAGCUCAAAGUGAAGGGUAAGGGCAAGGCUACCUCUGACGACGAUGAGGAGACGGUGGCCCCCAAAGGCAAGGCCUCGAAGAAGUCCGCCUUUGAGCUGCUGAUGGACGACGACGACCAGGACGAACCGUCUGCUGCAGCGGCCAGCGAGCCGGAGGAGGAUGAUGAACCGAUGCCGGUCAAGCCCCAGAAGAAGCCUAAUAAUGCAAACGAAAAGAAGGGCAAGAAGGCUAAGCGAAAGGGCAAGGACGACGAUGAGGAGGAUCUGGACAAGGUCUUAGCCGAGCUGCAGGCCGAGUAUGCCGGUGAGGCGACCACCACUGCCACCACUGUGGUCUCGCCCGAGGAUCUGGCCGACGAAGAGUUCUCCAAGAAGAAAAAGAACAAGAAGCAGCAGGCACAGGCCAAGGCGGCCGCCGAAGAGGACGACGCUGCCGACGAGGACAACGAAGAUGAGGAUGGCGGCAGCACUGUAAAGUCAGCGGCCCAGAAAAAGAAGGAGAAAAAGGAGCGCCAAAAGCGAGAGGCUGCUCUGGCCAAGCAGAAGGCCGCCACGGAGCCCAAGCCCAAGCCGGCGGAGAAGGCGCCACCGGCUCCCGAAGUCCAACCCGAAGCUGUCGAUGAGGUCCAACCCGCCGAUGCUGCCGAAGAGGAGGAAAAGGCCGGCAAGAACAAGGCCAAGAAGGGUAAGAAGGACAAGAAGGCCGAGCCAGAGGACGAGAAGAAGGAUACCAAGAAGAAGGGUAUGUCCGCUGCCAUGGUGGCCGCCAUGCAGGAACAGCUCAAGAAACGCAAGGAGGAGGAGGAGCGUCUGCAGCGCGAGGAAGAAGAGCGCAUUCGUCGGGAGGAUGAGCGUGAGGAGGCUCGUCUUGAGGCAGUGCGUCUGGAGGCGGAAAAGAAGGAGAAAAAGAAGCAGCGCGAAGCUGAGAGAAAGGCUCGCUUAAAGGCCGAGGGAAAACUGCUCACCAAGAAGCAGAAGGAGGAUCGCGCAAGGGCUCAGGCCUUACUGGAUUCCCUGAAGGCCCAGGGCCUAGAGAUUCCCGAUCCCAAUGAGAAGAGAGCUCCGCGUCCGGGAACCCGCAUCCGUCCGAACAAGAAGAAGGAACCGAAAGACGAGGCAGCCGAGGCGGAGGAGGCCAAGGCAGCAGAGGCCGAAGCCCAAGCCGCUGCGGCUGCUGCAGCCGCUGCCAAGAAAGCCGAGGAGGAGGCUGUCAAGGAGAGCUGGGAUGCCACUGAUAGCGAGGCGGAGCCCGAAGGCGAAGAGGAAUCUUCGCAGGCCACCACCACCAACAACAAUGGCAAGGCCGAUGCUGCCGAGGAUGCGAAUGAUAAUGAUGACACCGAUGAAGAUGAUAGCGGAGAUGAUGAUGAUAGCGAUGAUUCGGACGAGGACAGUGAUGAGUCCGAGGAAAAAGACACCGCCCUAGCCAACGAUCCGGAAUCCCGAAGACUCCGUGCCGAAGCACGAAUCCUAAAACGUCAGGCAGAGGCGGAGAAGAAGCGCACAACCGAUGAAUUGAGAGCGGGCGUUGUGUGUGUCCUUGGACACGUAGACACGGGCAAGACCAAGAUUCUGGACAAGCUGCGGCGAACGCACGUUCAGGAUUCGGAGGCCGGUGGAAUUACCCAGCAAAUUGGAGCCACCAAUGUGCCCAUCGAUGCGAUCAAGGAGCAGACCAAGUACGUGAAGUCAGCCGUUGGAUUCCAGCAUAAAUUGCCGGGUCUCCUGAUCAUCGACACACCUGGCCACGAGUCCUUCAGUAACUUGAGGAACCGUGGCUCCUCCCUCUGUGACAUUGCCAUCCUGGUGGUGGACAUUAUGCACGGCCUGGAGCCUCAAACUCUCGAAUCCAUCCAGCUGCUCAAGAAGAAGAAGUGUCCGUUCAUUGUGGCCCUCAACAAAAUCGAUCGUUUGUACGACUGGAAGCAGCUGGGCAGGCGGGAUGUGAGGGAUGUGCUCAAGGAGCAGCAGAGCAACACGCAACUGGAGUUCCAGCAGCGCACCAAGGAGGUAACUCUACAAUUUGCCGAGCAGGGUUUGAACGCCGCUCUCUUCUACGAGAACCCGGAUCCCAAGACAUACAUCUCGUUGGUCCCGACCAGUGCCAUUACGGGCGAGGGCAUGGGCAAUCUGCUGUUCAUGAUCACCGACUUCUGCCAGAACAUGCUGGCCAAGCGUCUAAUGUACUCCGAGGAGCUGCAGGCCACUGUCUUGGAGGUGAAGGCGCUGCCCGGCCUGGGCACAACCAUUGAUGCGAUCCUUAUUAAUGGCAAGCUGCGCGAAGGCCAGACCAUGGUUGUGGCUGGCACAGAUGGUCCCAUUGUCACCCAGAUUCGUUCGCUUCUGAUGCCCCAGCCCAUGAAGGAGUUGCGCGUGAAGAACGCCUACGUGGAGUACAAGGAGGUGAAGGCGGCGCAGGGCGUGAAGAUUGCUGCCAAGGAUCUGGAGAAGGCCAUUGCUGGCAUUAAUCUCCUGAUUGCACACAAACCGGAUGAAGUGGAGAUCUGCAUAGAUGAAGUUGCCCGGGAACUGAAGAGCGCACUUAGUCACAUUAAAUUGGCCCCGUCGGGCGUCUACGUUCAGGCCUCAACGCUGGGCUCGUUGGAGGCUCUCCUAGAAUUCCUGCGAACAUCUAAAAUUCCGUAUUCUGCCAUUCGAAUUGGUCCCGUGGUGAAACGCGAUGUAAUGAAGGCAUCCACUAUGUUGGAACACGAGGCGCAGUAUGCAACGAUUCUGGCUUUCGAUGUGAAAAUUGAGAGGGAGGCACAGGAAAUGGCAGAUUCUUUGGGCGUGAAAAUAUUCCAAGCGGACAUUAUCUAUCAUUUGUUCGACAAGUUCACCACCUAUCGAGAGGAGCUCAAGCAGAAGAAACGCGAAGAGUUCCGAUCUGUUGCCGUAUUUCCCUGCAAGCUAAGGAUACUGCCACAUUUCAUAUUCAACAGUCGAGAUCCGAUCGUGAUGGGCGUGAUGGUGGAGAACGGGAUUGUCAAAGUGGGCACUCCAAUUUGUGUGCCCAGCAAGGAGUUUGUGGACAUCGGAAUCGUGACUUCCAUUGAAUCGAAUCACAAGCAAAUCGAUUCAGCUCGCAAGGGUCAAGAGAUUUGCGUCAAAAUCGAUCCAAUUCCCGGUGAAUCGCCAAAAAUGUUCGGACGCCAUUUCGAGGCAGAUGAUAUGCUGGUCAGCAAGAUUUCCCGCCAGAGCAUUGAUGCCUGCAAGGAUUACUUCCGUGAUGACCUAAUCAAGGCGGACUGGUCUUUAAUGGUGGAACUGAAAAAGGUCUUUGAGAUCUUGUAAAUAAAAUUUCAAUUGCCAAAAUUAUUAGCAGCAAAAACAACGUACAAGCAAAAAACAAAACAAAAGAAAAGUGAAAGAAACUGCUACUACAGACUGUGCACGCUUGUGGUGUGUCCUCGUCCUCGUUCUCAGGAGGAUCUGGAUCCUUUCUUCUUAAUCUUAGUUUCAUUUAUUAACAAAAGUCAUCGUGGUCGUUGCAGUCGUAGUCGCUUGAAGAGUACUCUGUUAUAAUGGUUUUAAAUCAAAUUUUUUGUAAAACGCUCUAAACUAAAAAAAAACCUCGACCCCCACAUUUAUUGCUUGCGAUUUUUUUUUUUGUUAAU